ACUUUAACUCCAGCUGCCAGACCCCUGAACGGGAGAGGCAGAGAGGACUGGCCAACAUGCACGACUUCCGCAGUCUCCUGGCCCUUCUGCUGCUGCCGCUGCUACUGCUGGGGGCUGCCAUGGGCCCCGCUGGAGCCCUCAGUGAUGAUGAAAAACACGUGAUGGUGGAGCUGCACAAUCUCUACCGAGCCCAGGUGUCCCCGCCGGCCGCCAACAUGCUGCAAAUGAGGUGGGACGAGGAGCUGGCCGCCUUCGCCAAGGCCUAUGCGCAGCAGUGCGUGUGGGGCCACAACAAGGAGCGCGGGCGUCGCGGCGAGAACCUGUUCGCCAUCACGGACGAGGGCCUGGACGUGCCGCUGGCCAUGGAGGAGUGGCAUCACGAGCACGAGCACUACAACCUUAGCGCCGCCACCUGCGCCACAGGCCAGAUGUGCGGCCACUACACGCAGGUGGUCUGGGCCAAGACAGAGAGGAUUGGCUGUGGUGCCCACUUCUGUGAGAAGCUCCAGGGCGUUGAGGAGACCAAUAUCCACUUGCUGGUUUGCAACUAUGAGCCCCCGGGGAACGUGAAGGGGCAGAGGCCCUACCAGGAGGGAACUCCAUGCUCCCAAUGUCCCUUGGGCUACCACUGCGAAAACUCCCUGUGUGAACCCAUCAGAGGUCCGGAAGAGGCUCAGGAUUUGCCUUACCUAGUAACUGAGGCCCCAUCUGCCCUGGCAACAGAAGCCUCAGGCUCUAGGAAAGAGGGUAUAACUUCUUCCUUAGCAAGGGAAACGCCAUCCUUCUUGGUAACAGAGGUCUCAGGCUCCCUGGCAACAAACACUCUACCUGCUGUAGAAACCAAGGCCCCAUCUUCCUUAGUAAUGGAAGACUCCCCUUCCAUGGCAACAGAGGCUCCACCUUCCUUAGCAACUGAGGUCCCUUCCUUUUUGGCAACUCACAGCCUACUCUACUUGGAUGAGAGACCAGCUACCCUCCCCAAAUCAACCCAUGAUCCUACCCCCAAAUCAGCAGACAAAGAGGCCAGCAGUACAAGAAUGCCCUCCAGGAGCCCAGAGAGUUCUCUGCAGCCCAAGAUGUCCUUGAUGGGGACACGGGAGCCGCUACCCCACUCCCAGGAGGAGGGCGAGGCUGAGGCCGAGUUGCCUCAUUCCAGUGAGAUCUUGGCCUCAGUUUUUCCAGCGCAGGACAAGCCAGGUGAGCCGCAGGCCACACUGGAGAACAAGGGGCACACCUCCUCCAAGUCCCUGUCCAACUCCCCCAGUGCGUCUGCCACCGCUAAUGCCAUGGGUGGGCGUACCCUGGCCCUGCAGUCCUCCUUGCCAGGUGCAGAGGGCCCUGAAAAGCAUGGCAUCAAGUCAGGGUUGAACUCGAGCCCUGGGCAUGGCUGGGGCCUCCUCCUGGGACUGCUGCUACUGCCUCCCCUGGUGCUGGCUGGAAUCUUCUGAAGGGGUCACCACUCAAAGGCAAGGCCUCAUGGGGGAGACCCUAGCCUCAUGCCCACUCUGGAUUGUCUUUCUCCAAUAAGAGACCACAGCUUCCUGGAAGGUCCUCUCUGUGGCCCAGCAGCCCCCCUUCACCCCAGCCAGACUCCAGGCCAGAGGCCUUGUGCCCUCAGGAGGCCUCAACAGGGACAACCCUUGGCACUGCCCCAGGAUGCCUCUGCCUUUGGGGAGGCCCACCCCCCAGCCAGCUGCAGAUUGUUCUGAGCAGUGUUCCAGUGGCCUAUGCCCACUCUCCAGCUGUCCUGUGGCCACAGUCCUGCUCUUCCAGGGACAGAAGAUCUCAGGGCUUCCCAGGAACCCCUCGGCCCCUUCCAGUACCCUGGCCUCUUCCUUGAGCCAUUGGAGUCUAGGGCUGUUCCCAGGAAUGCUUCCUGCCUUCCCAGGGUGAAGAGGUCAGCUGUCCUCCUGCCAUCUCCCCCAUCCUGUCCCCAGCCCGCCGAACAAGAUGUUUCUUGGCUGAAGUCCCUCUAGAAGGGAAAGGCUGCAGGGCAUGUGCCUCGUCCACAGACAUCCUUGGGGGCAUGGGGCCUGGCCACUGCGAGCUCAGGUUGCUGCCCACUGACUGCACGUGUCUGGACCCCUUC